ACGACAGAAGCGUAAACAUGGACAAGGACGUGGUGCCUGAGAGGGAAAAUCUCCCCCUCAGUGUCGAUACAGUGGACGCACCACCCAAUAAUCACAUAUAUAGGAAGAUUGAUGUUGCGUUUGUUAUCUUUGGAAUAUUUACGUUUCUUUUGGACUGGGGAUUUGAUAUCUUAACAGCCUACAAACACUGGCGACAUGGUGACAUCAUCUGGUUCUCAUUUACAGUUGUGUUCAUCUGUGUUCCAUCCUUUGUAAUGACGGGAGUUUCCUUACACUGGUACGUCAAAGAUGCAGACAAUGUUAAUGUGCCUAAGGCCUCGAUGUCUCGCUGGGUGGUUCGAAUAUUGUUCCACAUUCUGCAGCUCGGCCCUAUACUCAGAUAUAUAGAUUCCUUGCAUUAUGGCCUCAUCAGUCGCAGGCACUGGAAACAGGGAGAGAGAAAACUCCAGAUUGAAUAUUAUACCUACAUGCUGUAUGAAGACGGCGAUUCGGUUUUCCUUAGGCUGUUUGAGUGCUUCAUGGAGGCAGCUCCACAGCUUGUCCUGCAACUGUACAUCCUGUCACUCGUGCGCAAGUCAGAAUAUGGAUCAGAUUGGUUUUAUGUUCUUUGUAUUGGAUGCUUCACUUCACUCGUAAGCCUUGCGUGGGGAGUGACUGCCUUUGCUCGAGGAAGUCGGUUCACCAGUGUGGAUAAGCCUAAUAUAUCACUAAUGGGUUCCUUCGUCCUAAUGCUUUGGCACCUCUUUAGUAUUAGUGCGCGAGUCACAGCAAUGGUCCUGUUUGCCUCCGUCUUCCGACCCUUCUUGUUCAUAUUCUGUGGGGUGCAUUGGCUCAUCAUGGUGAUGUGGCUCAUGGUGCGCAAGUCACUGAAGGAAAUGUGCAAUUCAGUCCUUGGGGAGAUUGGUCUAAGUUUCAUUUUGGGUAUCAUCUACAUCUUCGUUUUCAUUAAUGAAAAAGAAGAGGAUACCAAGCAGAAGUACAUUUUCUUCUAUACUAUAUUUGGAAUAGAAAACACAAUAAUGGUAGUUGUCUGGUUGGUUUACGCAAAGACAACUGUGUGGUACUAUAUUCCAGGUGUCGUUUUCCACUUUUUGGCCUUUAUAUUGAGUCUUAUACUGAUGGGAAUCUACUACGGCGUUUUCCACCCAACACUGCCAUCGAUCUGUAACCAGAGACGAAGUCAAAGAAGAAGGCCUGAAAUGGACCGUAACGUAGAAGAGGAAGGUGAAGCCAAAGCUAUUACCUCUCAGACAGUGAUGUAAACUCUACAUAGAAAUGGUAGUUGUAGCUUUACAGAUAUUUAUACUAUAUAAACAUAACAUUUCAGGCAGUAUGUAUGCAUUACAUAACAAUAAGAAACUUCGUGAAUUGAAGUUUAGGGAUUUGUUUUGGUUAUGUAAUACUGUAUAAAGUAUCCUCAUUGUUGUUGAAAGAUUUUUGUUGAUAGUUCUUUUUUUUUAUCCAUGGUUUAAGUGAUUUGGUUGACUGUCUAAAGCAGUUCUUAUUAAUCAUCAGCUUAGGAGCAUUUCUGUUUUGAGUCAAUUUGGAUUCAUUAUUCCAAUGAAACUAGGAGCUCAAUUUAGUGCUAGGAAUACCAAAAAAAUAUUUAUUUUAAUUAGAAUGUUGCACAGUGCCCUGUUUUAGUUUCUGUAUUACGUCUAUGUGCAUAAUUAAAAGUUUUGAAUUUUUUCUUCGUGUAGGAUCAGUUUGGAAGAAGGUAACUGAAAUAUACAGGUGAGCAAUCAGAAACAGCCAACAUUGAUUGUAAUCACAAGUAAUGCAGAAAGAGUAUUAUAACUGGGAAGAAAAUUUAAGUGAAGUUUAGUGUGCACAAUUUUUUUUAACCCAGCUGCCCCGGGUUCAUGUUCUGUCCCCCUGUUACAUACAGAUGGCCCCACAUGUGUUUAGCCAACAAGGAGUCUAUCAGUAGCCCUAGUGACUUGAUCCUGAUUUCCCCAUUCCUUGAAUUGGCAUUGCUACUGUUAUUAUUGUAUUUGAUGUUA